GAAAAUGAGUGGCGGGUUUAACUUCGGGCAGCCCUCUACGGGCUUCACUUUCGGAGCUCAGAAGACUGCAGCCCCAGCCGCAGCCCCAGCCACUGGCUUUGGGCUGGCAAGCUCCGCACCUGCAGCAUCCGGAGGAGGCUUUACCUUCGGCACUUCCCCGCAGACCAGCACCAAUUCUACCGGCUCUUUUAGUUUCGGCGCCCCAGCGAAGAGCACAGCAGCCGGCGGAGGAUUCUCUUUUGGGACCCCUAGCACCACAUUUGGUCUGGGUACGACUCCUCAAACCACACCAGCAGGAGGGUUGACUUUAGGCUCCACGGCAGCUCCAGCGGCGGGGUCAGGGUUCACCCUCGGGGGAGGUUUGUCCGCACAGACAAACGCUGCCGCCCCUGCAGGAGGGGGCUUCACCUUUGGGACCGCUUCUCAGGUUCAACCCCAACUUGCUGCAGCAGCAACGACCGCACCAGCACCAGCACCAACGGCAGCAUCAGGUGGCCUCUCGUUUGGAGGUUUCAGCUUUGGAGCUACAAAGGUCCAGGUGACCACAGCUGCACCCUCUACUGCUACCACGGGAGGAGGCUUCAGCUUUGGCACCGGUGCUCCCUCCACCCUCACCUUGGGCACCCAGCCCCAGCCAGUCUCCACUGUUGCAGCCACAGCAGGUCAAGGUGGAGGAUUUGCCUUUGGGAUUAAACCUUCAUCAACCCCAGCUCCUCCUGCAUCAACCCAGCCAGCCCCAGCUUCAGGUCCCUCUCUCUUUGCAACACCUGUAUCUACAGCUACUGCCACUGCAACAGGUACAGGAUUUACUUUGGGUACAGCUCCAGCUUCAGCAGCAAGCAUUGCUCCUGCAACAACCACAGCAGCUGGUGGAGGUCUGUCUUUUAUGCUCAAACCUCUGGGGGCAGCUACCAUCACCUCAGCUUCUGCCACUGCCUCUACUGCCACAACUGCAGCUGCCACAACAGGUGCUGCUACAGGCUUUACACUGGGACUCAAACCCACGUCCGGCACAAGUACCACAACAACUGCCACAGCUACAACAAUCACUACAACCACAGCUCCUCCAGUGAUGACCUACGCCCAGCUGGAGGGUCUCAUUAACAAGUGGAGUCUUGAGCUUGAGGACCAGGAGAGACAUUUCUUACAGCAGGCAACUCAGGUGAAUGCCUGGGACCGCAUGCUGGUGGAGAAUGGAGAGAAGAUCACAUCCCUGCAUAAGGAGAUGGAGAAGGUGAAGCUGGACCAGAGAAGGCUGAACCAGGAGCUGGAUUUCAUCCUGUCCCAGCAGAAGGAGCUGGAGGACUUACUCUGCCCGCUUGAAGAGUCAGUGAAAGAGCAGAGUGGAACCAUCUACAUGCAGAACGCUGACGAGGAGCGAGAAAGAACGUACAAGCUCGCAGAGAACGUGGACGCACAGCUGAAGAGGAUGUCGCAGGACUUGAAGGAGAUCAUCGAGCACCUCAACACAUCUAGUGGGCCAGCAGACACCAGCGAUCCCCUUCAGCAGAUCUGUAAAAUUCUCAAUGCCCACAUGGAUUCACUUCAGUGGAUUGACCAGAAUUCAGUGCUUCUGCAGAGACGAGUGGAGGAGGUGUCCAAACUGUGUGACAACCAGCGCAAGGAGCAGGAGAAAACCUUUCGUCUAACAUUUGACUGAACUGGAAUAAAUAUGUUGGCCUCUAUAUUGACACCUAAUUUUUCAGUAGUCAUAAGCAGGGAUGUGUGUUUUUAGGAGGAAAAUUUCCUUGAAAAAACUUAAUUUUGGAUUUGCAUCCAUCACAGUUCAGUUCUGGUUGAACAGCUUUUAUAUAGAAUAGUUAAAAAUGAUCAUUUUUUUUCCUAUGUAAAUGAGUUGCUCGUUCUAAAGAAUAUGAUUAAAUAAACCUUUGGAUAAAGGUUCUGUUUUGUUGGUUAGUAAAAUAAGAUAAUACAGUAUGUCAGUGGCAGAGUUUUAGUCACAGAUGUAACAUACCUGUACAAUUUAAAGUAUAUAAAUGCUGAGAAUUUAUCUGUGAGAGCCACACACUUAUAGAAUUAGUUUUAUCCUUUGCAUAUGAUUAAUGACUAAUUGUUUCUAGCCAAAAAAAAAAAAAAAAAAAGCCAAAUACUACCCAGAUCCAGC